AUUCUAUCCUUGAUCGUUCUCAUGAUAUCGGUUUAUCAUAAAAUUCUUUAAUGUAUGUAAAAUAACCCAGUCUAACGACAGUUGCAUACAUUUAUUUUAGGUUAAUUCUUGUUUCCGGUGAUUUUAGCUAUCUUCACUGCCAUUACUUCCACGUUGAAUGUACCGUUUAAUUCGAUUUUAUUCAACUAUUUACUUUACUUUUGGAGUUUACUCGCACAUUCUGCAAUAUGACUACAGUGCCAGCUGUCAUACUAUGUUUAACGUUGCUCAGCUGUGUGUGUGAUGGAGUAAAGAAUUUUCCACCAGGGUUUAAGUUUGGAGCCGCUACUGCUUCUUACCAAGUCGAGGGUGCAUGGGAUUCCGAUGGCAAAGGCGAAAGUAUUUGGGAUCGCUUCGUCCACAAAUUUCCUGAAGCUAUAGUUGACAACUCGACGGGGGACGAAGCUGCAGACUCCUAUAAGAAAUGGAAAGAAGACAUCAGAAUAGCUUCGGAGCUGGGAUUGCAUUUUUAUAGGUUUUCAAUUAGUUGGCCUCGCAUAUUCCCCACGGGUUUCACAAACAAACCUAACGAAGCUGGGAUCAAGCAUUAUAGUGAUUUGAUUGAUGCAUUAUUAGAUGUUGGUAUAGAGCCAGUUGUCACCCUAUACCAUUGGGAACUACCAGUUGCCAUACAAGAUCUGGGAGGAUGGGCAAAUCCUUACAUAUCAGACUGGUUCGCGGACUACGCCAAACAGGUGUUUUCACUAUACGCUGAUAGAGUGAAAAUAUGGUUAACAAUAAACGAGCCGUGGUUAAUCUGCGACGUUGGAUACGUAGACGGUACCUUUGCUCCAGGGAUAAAGGAGGAUCAAUUUGGCCCCUACAUCUGCAAUAAGAAUUUGUUAAUGGCCCACGCGAAGGCAUACCGGCUUUUUGAUCGAACCUUCAGAAGUUUGUAUGGAGGUCGUAUAUCGAUAGCCAAUCAUUUGCUGUGGUAUGGGGCCGAGUCUCCAGAAAACGAGAAAUUAGCACAACUUACUAUGGAGUUCAUGAUGGGACGUUACUGUCACCCAAUAUUUUCGAAACAAGGUGGCUGGCCUCCGAGGGUUGAGAAGCUGAUGAAGGAUUACAGUGAGAAGCAGGGUUAUAGCAGGUCUCGCUUACCUGCCUUCACUGCUGCGGAGAGAAGGUUUGUCAGAGGUACGGCAGACUUCUUCGGCAUGAACUACUACAUGGGUCUAUCUGUGAGACAAGCAAAACCGGGCGAGAAAAUUGUGAAUUCGAUCAUGACGGGAUCGAAUGAACUAAAUGCUGUGAUGCAAGUUCCUCGUGAUGCUUAUAUAAGUGCUACUCGGGUGGUCUACCCCGUAGGACUUCGACGUUCACUGUCAUGGGUUAAGAAAUCUUACGGAAAUUGGGAAAUAUUUAUAACAGAAAAUGGUUACCCAACCGCCGGAUUAGAGUUGGAAGAUUACGAUCGAGUUGUUGGAUUGAAGGACCAUUUGGAACAGAUACAUCUUUCAAUAUAUGAAGAUGGCGUUAAUGUUGUUGGCUAUACAACCUGGGCAUUAAUUGACAAUUUUGAAUGGAUAGCUGGCUACAGCAUUCGAUUCGGCAUUUACCAAAUCGAUUUCAACGAUCCAGAACGCAAGAGGAAACCGAGAUUGUCAUCCAAGUAUUACAAAUGUGUUAUUAAGAACAACUCGUUUGAUGUGCCAAAGGAAUGCUUUGAUAUGAGCUUUAAUCAAACUGAAGUGCGGUCGAAGAGGCAAAUAAAUCUACCGAACAUCCCAUUCCUUCCAAAGCCGGGUGAAGUGGCCAAUGGGGUUGACUUUAUGAAAGAAGUGUAUGAUAACAGACGCUGUAUAGCUAAAGUUAUGGGUUUAUUCGGAAAAAUGUUGUCACUUAUGGGUAAUAACUAGAGAACUCAUAAUAAACGGUUUAAUAAAUA